AUGUCUAGCACAAUGUUGUUGAUGAAGGUUACUUGUUUAACAAUUCUGUUGUGCAUAAUUUUAGGUCAACCACAAUCUCUUGCGUCGGCUCUCACUUGUGGCCAAAUUGAGGCAAAAUUAGCCCCAUGCAUCCCGUAUGUGACCGGAAUCGUAGGUGCUGUCCCACAACCGUGUUGCGAUGGCGUUAGGGCUAUAAACAAGCAAGCCGCGGCAAAAGAUCGUCAAGCUGCCUGUAGGUGUAUCAAAAAGGCGGCUAAUGCGGUGCCCGGACUGAAUGUUAUUGCUCUUGCUGGCGUCCCUGGUAAAUGUGGGGUUAACUUGCCUUAUAAUCUUGGUCCCUCCACUGACUGCAACAAGAUUGAGUAA